CGCCCAAUCCGUAGCGCACGCGUCACGCGUGACAUCACUAGUGAUUGCAUAUGAUUUUUAAAAGACAUACCAAUCAUAUCAUAUAUCAUAUAAUAGUUGAUCCCGAUUUGGACACAUGAAGCCCACCGCACGAAACAAACCCAAAUCCAAGACGAGUACAGUUAAGACUGUCGCUAAUAGUGGUGUUAAACGUAAGCGAAAGUCCACCGAAAUUGUUGUCUCUGAUGUCCACUCGCGUGGACACAUCAAAGCCAAACGUUCCGCGAAACCUAUGAAUAGACUAUCGGCUGAUUUCUUCAACAAUAAAUCGUGUGUCGAUUUGGCAAAAGCACUGUUAGGACAAAUACUGUGCCGACGGCUGUCACCAAACGGCCAAACGCUUAAAGCAACUAUUGUCGAAACUGAAGCCUAUUUGGGUGCCGAAGACAAGGCCAGCGCCACAUACAAUGGCCGCCGCACUGAACAUUUGGAACCGCUUUACAUGACUCGCGGUACGUGUUUCGUGUACAUGACUUAUGGUAUGUAUCACUGUAUGAACUUGUCUGCUGAUGGCAAUGGCAAUGCUGUACUCCUAAGAGCUGUCCAACCGAUUGACGGUUUGGAUCAAAUGCAGAGUUUGAGAGCCAAAUGUCGUAAGACUGGUACUGAUACACCCUAUAAGCAGACAUUGUUAGCCAAUGGGCCCUCCAAGUUAUGUAUGGCAAUGGACAUCGAUCGACACAAUAUCAACAAAGUUAAUAUUACCGACAGUGAACUUAUUUGGCUGGAAACCGGUUCUACCGUUUCCGAUGACGACAUUGUUUGCACCAAACGGAUAGGUAUUGAUAGGGCUAAGGAAUGGGCUAAUAAACCGUUGAGGUUUUACAUCAAAGAUAAUGAAUAUAUUAGUAAAAAGUAA